CGGAUCUUUACCCCGAAGUCAGUGCCGCUGUGCUGCCUUCACUAAGCGUGCGUAGCGUGCCCAGCUUCUAUCUGCCAGGCGCCGCUAGCCUAGCACGGACUUCUGAAGACUUAACAGCGGCCGAGGCGGAGCUAGGAGCCUGUAGCCCUGGCGGGGGGAAGCGGAGGAGGAGCAGGCAGACAGGCUGCCGGCUGCCGUUGGGCCGCAGCUGCGAGGAAGGAGGCAGAGCGGGAAGUUUGAACUGCGGUGGAGAAUAAGUAUGAGGCGGUGGCGGGGGACCUGCGCUGCCGACGAGCAGCUGGCGAAGAAACAGGAUUGCAGCCUUCAAGAAAAAAUGGACUUUGAAAUGCGAAUGCGAGAAGGAAUUUGUAAACUGCUUGCUGUGAGCACACAAAAAGACCAAAUAUUGCAUGCAGUUAAGAACUUGAUGGUUUGCAAUGCUCGCAUACUGGCCUACAGGACAGAAUUACAGAAACAGACAGGAGAGUCAACUGUGAACAGAACCACAGGGCGAUGUUCAGAUUUUGCAGCUAAAGACCGCGAGGCUUGUAGAGGCAGACUUGCCAUAUCAGGUCUCCGAAUUCCAUUAAUGUGGAAAGGUUCUGAUCACUUCAGCAGCAAAGACAGAACCCGGCGUUACUCAGUUUUUUGCUUGCUCAAAAUAGGAGCUCAGGUUUUUGAUACAGACUUGCUUAUUGUGGAUAAAGCAACCACAGAUAUAUGUUUUGAAAGUGUAACCAUGUUUGAGGAAGCUGGGCCAGACUUUCAGCUAAAAGUUGAAGUCUACAGUUGUUGCUGUACUGAAGAAUCUUCAACUAUAACAAACACUCCAAAGAAGCUAGUAAAGAAGUUGAAAACCUCAGUUGGGAAAGCUGGUGGGAAGAAACUCGGUUCCAUGUUAGAUGAUGGCAGCUCUGAAUCCUUGUUACUUGCUGACACAGCAAUACUGGGUGCAAGAUACAGUUUGCUGGCACAUACAUCUUUGCAGUUGGAGAGCGUUAACAACAAUUUCAAGACCCACAACCUUACCAUUGUGGGAAAUGAGGAAUCUUCUUUUUGGCUUCCAUUGUAUGGCAGCUUAUGUUGUCGUUUAAUUGCCCAACCAUCCUGUAUGACAAAGGAUAUGAUGACUGGAUUUCUUAAUCAACAGCAAAUGAUACAGAAUCUGACUAGCUGGAGAAGGUUAUACUGUGUUCUGAGAGGUGGCAAACUCCUUUGCUAUUAUACAUCAGAAGAAAUAGAAGCUAAAGUGGAGCCAGCUUUGACAGUUUAUGUCAACAAGGAAACCAGAAUUCGUGCUGUGGAUAAAGAUACCCAGAAAAAAACCCAUAAGUUUUCUGUUAUCAACCCUGAGGCUGGUGAAGUGGUGACUCAGAUUUUUGCAGCUGAAAGACGGGAAGACCUUUAUAACUGGAUGGAAGCUUUCUGGCAGCACUUCUGUGAUCUCAGCCAGUGGAAACACUGUUGUGAAGAAUUCAUGAAAAUUGAGAUUAUGUCACCACGGAAACCACUAUUGUUCUUGACAAAAGAGGCUACUACAGUUUACCAAGAUAUGAGCAUUGAUUCUCCAGUAAAACAAGAAUCAUUAACUGAUAUAGUGGAACAAAAAACUGAGGAGGCCAAUGGGGAGUUGCUAACUGGCCAACAAGAAGAAUGGGCACCACCUUUGUGGGCCACAACGUUUGACGGUUCUCACCAGAAGUUUGUAUUGAAAAGCAUGCUUUCAGGAACAAAUGAAGAGACUGUAAACCCUAGUGCGGGGAAAGGCAAAAAAAGAAGAGCACGCCUUCCACCAUCUGAUAAGCCACCAUACACCAUAGCAGCACAGACAUUGUCAGAUCAACUGGGAAAGGAAAACAUCAGGAAUAAUUCCCCUCUUAUAUGUAAGGACAGUUCUGAUUCCAGCUUAUCUUCUGUGCCUCACUUCAAGCAACCUGUUGCAGCUCCUCACAAACAAACUUGGCAGAAAUGUACCUCUGUUGAUGAUAAAAAUCCUGCCCUUUCAGCUACAAAGGUUGUUCAUAGUGAUAAGCCCAUUCCUGCACCUAGGCAGAAGUCGGUCAAAGAGAUGCUUGAGCCUAGAAUAUGUUUUCAGUCACAGGUGUAGUACUGAUGCGUGGUUUGGCUCCGAAUGGGGUGGGUGUUUUUUUUUACAAUUUUGGCCAUGUUUACAAUUUUAUUACUGACCCAAAUCUUUCACCAGAGUUCCUGAAGUAUUUAAGUGUAUCUUUUCAGGUGAUUGAGAUUACAGCACAAAGACUAUCCCCCCCUUCAAAAAUUCUGUUCUGUUUGACAUUGCCAGUGUGCAAACAGAUUUCUUCAGCAGAUACAAAUCAAUGGGUUGUUUCUAGUGAUAACCUUCUGAUAGAUUUAAAUUGUUCUUUUGUCUCCAAAACAUCUGUAUGAUAUUUUAUGACAUGGUCAUACUCAACCCAUAUCUUUUUUCCCAGGGUACAUUUCAAAUACACACUCUCAAAUUUGCAAAACCUUUUGAGGAGGCACUUACCUUGAGGUGAACAGGAUUCUUCUUACGCUGUGAAGAUUAACUACAGCUGCUGUUUGCCUCUGCUCAUGAAAGUAUAUAGAACCUCUAAUAGGAUUAUCUGAAUUUUCUUACUCUAGUUCUUCAUGAAUGGUCUUACAAAAGAGUUUAAGGUAAAGAAAAGUACAUGUAGGCUAGCUUGUCUAUCACUCCCCCCUCUUCUGCAGCUCUUUUGUUCUUGUCCCUUUCCUCUAGCUUAACCCUCAACCCCACCCCUGUCCAAAUGUCCUACCAACUGUAGCUGUAUGUCAUCUCCCGUGGUGCUUCCAAAGUCAGAUGAACUUUGUAGCAUCAGAUGAGAUUUGAGAUCCCUGUGGGAGAGAUCUGUGACAACAUUCAUUCCCUUGUCCAUUCCCUUAGGGCCUCCUACUACAAAGCUAGUCUGUCAGAGUUCUCAGAUGGUGUAGCUGGGGUCACCAAAUAAUUUAAGCAAACACAGAGUCUUCUGGUCUCCUAAAAUCCUAUUGUGGUUUUAUUAGCACAGUAAACAAACAACGUUUAGAUUUUCAUUUGUUAGAUAUAUUGGGUGGUAUUCAGUGCUAGAGUAGACCCAUUGAAGUUAAUAGACAUGACUAACUUUGGUUCAUUAAUUUUAGUGGGUUUACUCUGAGUAAGACAUAGAUGACUAUAACCCGUUCUCUUUUUUUUUCUUGACAUCAUUUGUGCAACAGGAAUUAUGAACAUGAGGUAACUUUGCUGGAUGAAGACAAAUGGCAGGAUCUUGGUCCUUAAGCCAUUUGAAGGGAUUAGGUGCCAUUCUGGAUGAUGUUUCUCUCUGUGUUCAUAAAUGACAGCAUCAGAACCCUAAUCCUUAACUCUCCAAUGAUGAGAAGGAAAGAAACUUCCAUUGUUACUAUUUUAUUCCUCUAAAGGAAUAUCUACACAGCAACUCUAGAAAAUAACACACAUUUAUAUUUGCAGAACAUAGAUUCUGUAUUGCAAGCAGAAACAAAAUAAAGGAAAUGAAUGCACAUUUUCAAAUAAAACAAAUUUUGUUAGAACAAUUAGCUUAAAAUGAAACUGAUAGUAUAUAAAAUAAUGUGGCAUUUUUUUAAAAAAUGCAUUUUUCUCAAAUAUCUCUGCCCAUUUAAAAUCCCCGUGUUUUCCCCUUCAAGUGUUUGAAUUUUACAGAAAAAAUGCAGCUUUUUGUUUAGUAAGAAUGGAUUGUAAAUAUAGAUGUUAACAUCUUAAUGAAAUCUGAUCAGGUACAGUUUUAACCUGUAGUUUGCUAAGUUGUGUAAGGUAGAAAGUGCAUGACAUAGUUUGGACAUAGUCUGGAGGAUCUAUAAUUUCAUGUUCACCUGUUCUGUUUUUUAGCUACUGUUAGAGGAACAGAAUAAAGAUAAGUAGCAGAGGGUUAGUAUGACAUUAAUGCUCUCUAAUCCCUUAAUGAGUAUAGUAGAAUCCUUUUAAUUGGCAUAUUUCUGUUAGCAGUAGGGAGUGCCAAUUAAGCAAUCUUCUCAAUUUUAAGGCUCUCAGGAAUAUGCUGAGCUUAUUGAUAUUUGCUUUUAUUCCAUGCUUUGAACUACUGAUUUGCAAUGUGCAAAGCAUUCCAAAUUCCUACAUCUUAAUUUGAUUAGCAAGCCACACUAGCACAGUGAAGCUCCAUGAAAUGUCCAUAGAGGAUGUCUAGCUUUAGCAAAUGCAGUUCUAAAGCAAUUGUGACUGUGACUGAACUGGCAAGGUAGCUCUUAGCCACAGAGUUUAUCCUUCGAAGUUAAUUAAAUUGAUUUUUUUAUCCACAUUGUCAAAUUACUGUGUCUUCCUAUUGGGGGAGCUAUUUAUGAAAAAAUAGUACAACAUUGUUAGAGAGGAUAUCACCUUUUGUUUUUAAUGUAUUGCCAGAAUGUCAAAACAUGGCUGGAAACUGCUCCCAUUCUUCUUCUUUGGCCAUUUGACAUGUGCACUGUCUCAGGGCAUAGCUUCCCUGAGAGUUCAUCUACAUGUUUAGAUCUUGGCUAGUCCCAUUAUAAAGUUAGAGAACACUCUGGGGUGUUAUGAUGUGGAAGUGGUACAAUUUAAACAAAACUGUUCUAGAAAGAGGAGGCACAGGAGGUAUCAAGGCAAUCCCUAAAGCUCUUUGGGUUUCUGAAGUACUUGAGGGGUACUAUAUGGGUUUGGUCCAAUCACAUGUAAAGUGAGGUGGGGAGAACAAUAUACAGUGCUAAAGGAGUGCAUAAAUUGGUGGGGAUCCUGUUUUAUGGUGGUUUCAGUCCUAUCUCCAGGGUCAGUUUUGGAGAAUAGCAUUGGGUGAUUGUCUUUCAGCCCCCUGGCAGUUGUGUUGUGGGGUGCCGCAGGGUACCAUAUUGUCCCCAGUGCUGUUUAACAGCUAUAUGAAGCCAUUGGGAACGGUCAUUAGAAGAU